AUGAAGUCCAAGAGCACAUUUUGGAGGGACCUCCAGCAGUGUCCCCACACUGAAAGAACUAUAUGCACUGACGCAGCCUCAGGAAAACCCACAAUGGCUGCCAAGCGCAAAGGCGGCCUGAAGCUAAAUGCAAUCUGUGCCAAGCUGAGCCGCCAGGUUGUCUUCGACCACGGGGGAGCCGAACAGGCACGAGCGGACAAGGGGCCGCAGCGGGAGAGCAGCAACAAGGACCUGCCUCAGCCUGGGACCAAGGAGCUGGGGACGGAGUUUUCAGAUGGACUCAGCCGCGUGCAGAAGAUCGAGGAGGACAAAAGGAGGGAGGUGAUUGAAAAGUGGGUGAACGGGGAAUACAACGAGGAGCCCUUGCUGGGGCGAGCGGAGGGCAAGGAAUGUAAGGGCACUGAGAGCGCGGAGGUGCCCCCCGAAGGGGUUUACAUGGUGCAGCCCAAGGGCUGCAGUGACGAGGAAGAUAACGGGGACGAGGCGGACGCUCUGAGGGGCUCGCAGGAUGGCAACUUCUUGGAUGACAGGGAUUCAGACGGGCCGGCCUCGAAGGAUGAUGCCUACCGGUCCUCCAGUGGCGAGACAGGCUCCAAGCUGGGGGGAGGAACCGCCUCAGGGGAAGCUUCAUCGCUGCGAGAUUAUGCCGCCACCACCAUGAAUGAGUUCCUGGGCAUGUUCGGCUAUGAUGAUCAGAACAUGCGGGAUGAGCUGGCCCGCAAGAUCAGCUUUGACAAGCUGAACGCUGCUACCUCUGAGGCUGCGACUGCUGCCUCUCUCCCUGGCGAAGAUGCCAUGAGCAAACGAGCCCGCUUCUCCAAGUAUGAGGAGUACAUCCGCAAACUGAAAGCUGGAGAGCAGCUCUCUUGGCCCAUGCACUUGGCCAAAUCUGAGGAGUUGGGCUCCAAGCUGGGCAAAGAAACUUCCUCAGUGCUGGCACAGCCCAUUCGGGUGCCAGGUCCAGAUGCCUCCAUGCUGACGGAGACCAAAGCCACCAUCCUGCCGCUGCCCUCUCCCAGCAGUUCCCAGAUGCAGGGCCUGAUGUCACGGGCCUCCAAAUACGACUUCUUCAUUCAGAAGCUGAAGACGGGUGAGAGCAUCAGGCCACAAAAUGGCAACACUUAUAAGAAGGCCUCCAAGUAUGACCUAGAAAACGUCAAGUACUUGCACCUUUUCAAGCCUGGAGAAGGGAGCCCAGAUAUGGGAGGAGCCAUCGCCUUCAAGACAGGCAAGGUAGGCCGGCCUUCCAAGUAUGAUGUGAGGAACAUUCAGAAGCUUACUCCAGUAAAAGCUCCAACACCCAGCCUGGCCCCUGCUCCCCUCGCCAGUACCCCCAGCAGCACUCCUGUGGCUGGGCCAGAGCAGUCCGUCUCAUUGCCAUUCAACACUCCUGAGUACCUGAAAUCAACUUUCUCCAAGACAGACUCCAUCACAACUGGAACAGUCUCUACAGUAAAGAACGGAUUACCCACUGACAAACCAGCUGUCAGCGAGGACGUAAAUAUUUACCAGAAGUAUAUUGCCAGGUUCUCUGGCAGUCAGCACUGUGGACAUAUACACUGUGCAUACCAGUAUAGAGAACAUUACCACUGCCUUGACCCAGAGUGCAACUACCAGAGAUUCACUAGUAAACAGGAUGUGAUUCGGCAUUACAACAUGCACAAGAAACGUGAUAAUUCCCUCCAGCACGGCUUCAUGCGCUUCAGCCCCUUGGAUGACUGUAGCGUGUACUAUCAUGGCUGCCACCUGAAUGGGAAAAGCACACACUACCACUGCAUGCAGGUGGGUUGUAACAAGGUCUAUACAAGCACCUCCGACGUGAUGACCCAUGAGAACUUUCACAAGAAGAACACGCAGCUCAUCAACGACGGGUUUCAGCGGUUCCGUGCCACGGAGGACUGCGGCACUGUGGAAUGCCAGUUCUACGGGCAGAAAACCACUCACUUUCACUGCAGGCGACCUGGGUGUACUUUCACCUUCAAGAACAAGUGUGACAUUGAGAAGCACAAGAGCUACCACAUCAAAGAUGAUGCCUAUGCCAAGGAUGGCUUCAAGAAGUUCUACAAGUAUGAGGAAUGCAAGUAUGAGGGCUGUGUCUACAGCAAGGCCACCAACCACUUCCACUGCAUAAGGGCAGGCUGUGGCUUCACCUUCACCUCCACCAGCCAGAUGACCUCCCAUAAACGCAAACAUGAGCGCCGGCACAUCCGGAGCUCAGGAGUGCUGGGCCUGCCUGCCUCUCUCCUCGGGUCCAAGGAUAAUGAGCAAGAGGAGUCCAGUAAUGAUGACCUUAUUGACUUCUCCGCUAUGAGCUCAAAGAACUCCAGCCUGAGUGCCUCCCCCACCAGUCAACAGUCUUCCGUUUCUCUCAUAGUCCCAGCUGCACCCUCCUCUGCUGCUGAGCUUGCUUCCUCACAGGCCAGCAAGUCUGCCAACAGCAUGACACCAGCCACCAAGAUCUCUGGCCUGCUCUCCCAGGCUCUUCCCAGCAAUAUACCCUUGGCUCUGGCACUCUCCAACUCAACACUUCCUGGAACAGCUGGAUCCUUCUUCCCCAUCAUCCCCAGUCGAGUCUCUACACCACUUCCUGCCAGCUCAGCUAAUCUGAUGACUGCUGGUUCUUCUGGCACCAAUCCAACAUCAUCUGCUCCUGCAGAUUCCUCAUCCCAGGCCAUUUCAGGAUCUGGUGAGCCAACGGCUACUUCUUCUCCAGCUCCAGCAGCAUCUAUAAUGGAAAGGAUCUCUGCUAGCAAGGGAUUAAUCUCUCCUAUGAUGGCCAGGCUGGCAGCAGCUGCACUCAAGCCCUCUGUGGCACUUGAAGCAGGGAAUGGACAACCAGCAGCUCCUGGAAGGUUCAAUCCAGUUCAGGUGAAGCAGGAACCUGUGGAGGCCAUGGGAUCAUCAUCUGCUACCAGUCAGGACUCCUUGCAGGAGCACAGCUUGGACCUGAGCGUCAAGGAUCAUGGUAAUGAAUCAAAUGGCCACACAGUCUCGGCAAAUUCAUCUCUUUUAUCCUCGCUUAUGAAUAAGAUGUCCAAGACCAGUGCCAGCCUUGGCAACCUGCUGAACAUUAAGACAGAAGGAGAUGGCAGCCAGGCUGGGGCUGGAGAGCCAACACAGUACUUGGGCAAGGCAGUGAAGGCACUUGUCCAGGAGAAGCUCUCUGAGCCAUGGAAGAUGUACCUGCGCCGGUUUGGUACCAAGGAUUUCUGCGAUGCGCAGUGCGACUUUCUCCAUAAGGUGCAUUUCCAUUGUGUCGUGGAGGAAUGCGGUGCCCUCUUCAGCACCCUGGAUGGAGCCAUCAAGCAUGCCAAUUUUCACUUCCGAACUGAGGGUGGAACUGUGAAAAGUAACUCUGAGUCUCCCUUCUCAACUACUACUGAGAAUAAGGCUUCACUGGCCCCUUCAUCACCAUCUGCUACUUCUGUCACCAUGGCAAGUGCUCCUGCCCUUGACGUGCCCACUCCAAGUCCAGCUACUGUGCCCUCUGCCCCCACACUGCUAGCUUGGAAGCAGCUGGCUUCAACUAUACCCCAGAUGCCUCAGAUCCCAGCAUCAGUGCCUAACCUGGCAACUUCACCCUUGGCAACGACUUCCCUGGAGAACGCCAAGCCUCAGGUCAAACCCGGAUUUCUCCAGUUCCAGGAGAAUGAUCCCUGCCUGGCAACGGACUGCAAGUACGCCAACAAAUUCCACUUCCACUGUCUCUUCGGGAACUGCAAGUAUGUGUGCAAAACCUCUGGCAAAGCAGAAUCCCACUGCCUGGACCACAUCAACCCCAACAAUAAUUUGGUGAAUGUGCGAGACCAGUUUGCUUACUAUUCGCUGCAGUGUCUCUGUCCAAACCAGCACUGUGAAUUCAGGAUGCGAGGGCAUUACCACUGUCUUCGUCCUGGCUGCUACUUUGUGACUAACAUCACCACCAAGCUGCCCUGGCAUGUGAAAAAACAUGAGAAGGCAGAGAGAAGGGCAGCCAAUGGCUUCAAGUAUUUUACCAAGCGAGAAGAGUGUGGCAGACUAGGUUGCAAAUACAACCAGGUGAACAGCCACUUCCACUGCAUUCGAGAGGGCUGCCAGUUCUCCUUCCUGCUCAAGCACCAAAUGACAUCCCACGCCAGAAAGCACAUGAGGAGGAUGCUGGGAAAGAACUUUGAUCGUGUUCCUACUCAGGUUAUUGGCCACACUCCAAGAAAUGAAAAUCUCCCCCAGGUUGGCAGCAUGGCACCCAGCCCAGCCUCAUCAGGAACCCCAGCUUCCUUUCAGGGACCCCCAAGCAUGAUGGACACUGAAACAGAUGAGUACAUGGAUUACACUGGCUGUAGCCCUGGGGGUAUCUCCUCUGAAUCUUCCAAUAUGGACCGCAGCUGCUCCAGCACUCCAGUGGGCAAUGAAAGUACAUCAGCAGGCUGCCUGGUUCCUUCUACUGCUGCUGCCGAUGAUGCUACCCACAAUGCACCACAACCUCAACCACCAUCUCUGCCUCCAUCUUUCUCACAAGCCCUGCUUAGGUCUCCCCUUCCCACCCUCCCCUAUCUUUUCUCUCCAUCUUGUCUCUCAUACUCUCUGCUCAGUGCCACUCUUGGAUCCAGCAGAGGUAUUGUCAUGCCUGCCGCCAGCACCACUGGGUUUUCGCCCAUCAUUGCCACUCCAACUCCAGUAAAAAGUGACGUUCCCUUAGUUCAGGAUGCAGCAGGGAAUACCAUCACUAUGCCAACUGCCUCAGGGGCCAAAAAGCGUUUCUGGAUUAUUGAAGACAUGUCCCCGUUCGGCAAGCGCCGCAAGACCGCAUCCUCACGCAAGAUGCUGGAUGAAGGGAUGAUGCUGGAGGGAUUUCGGCGCUAUGACCUCUACGAGGACUGCAAGGACUCCAGCUGCCAGUUCUCUCUCAAGGUUACCCACUACCACUGCACGCGGGAGAACUGUGGCUACAAGUUCUGUGGCCGUACCCACAUGUAUAAGCACGCCCAGCACCACGAUCGUGUUGACAACCUGGUAUUGGACGAUUUCAAACGCUUCAAGUCUUCACUGAGUUGCAGCUUCCCAGACUGUCAGUUCUCUGGCAAUAGCACACACUUCCACUGUCUGCGUUGUGGCUUCCGCUGCACUGACAGCACUAAGGUGACAGCCCACCGUAAGCACCACGGCAAGCAGGACGUCAUCAGUGCUGCUGGCUUCUGCCAGUUCAGCUCAAGCGUGGACUGCGAGGUGCCUGACUGCAAGUACAAACUCAAGUGCUCCCACUUCCAUUGCACCUACCCUGGCUGCAAACACACAGUGGUAGGCAUGUCACAGAUGGACUCGCACAAGCGCAAACAUGAGAAGCAGGAGCGAGGGGAGCUUCCUGCCAUCUCUCCUGGCCCUGAGGGCCUUGCCCACUCCAGUCUCGAGUAUGACAUCCAGAACUCUUCCAUCAACCUGGACAGUUCCCUCAACCUCAGCACUGACAACAACAGCUCCCUCUUCUUCCUGCAGAAUGCAGCUGGUGUGGGCCUCAACGAUUCCCUGGACCUCAGCAAGAAGCAGUCAGAAGUCACUGAAGGUCCAUCACCGAGCAGAGCCGGGACCGCACCUCAGGAGAGGGGGGCGGUGGCAUCUGGCUCUGGUGAUGUGGAGGACGAGGAUGACUCUUCCCAAGAGGAUGAAGAGGAUGACGAGGAGGAGAUGAAUGAAGAAGAGGAGGAUGAUGAAGAGGAGGAGGAUGAUGAUGACGAUGAAGAGGAUGAUGAAGAGGAAGACUUGAACACAGAUUCUGAAGAAUCACUGCCUGACCCUGAGGGCCUGGCCACUAAAGAAGAUGGAGAACCAGAAGAGGCUGCUUCUUCCACAGACCAUGGCGAUGCUUCCAGGCCACAGGGCGAGCCAGCCCUUAGUCCAGCCUCGACUCCUGCUCCAGCUCCAGCUGCUGCCCCGGCCUCUACCGUUACUCCAGCAGCUUCUCCUUAAUCUUAGAGACAACAGCGACAGUGGUUUGGUUUUGCUCUUACACAUAAUUACUAAGAGGACCCCAUAUGAGGCAAGAACAAAGAUUGGGGUGGCAAGUGAAAAUCAAACUCUGUGCCACACACACGAGAGAGAGAAGAAGGAAGGAAACCCAUGCUCCUCCACAGGCCCCAUAAGAGAGACAGGUUCGCAGCAGGACUGGUGCUGCAUCACUUCAUUCUGCAGAUCACAGAACACAGGGGCAGGAUGCAGCGAAAAAUACCCUUUUAUACGGACGUAAACCUUGAGGGUACCAGCUGCUUUUCCUUGCUCCCUGCAUGGUGCGUGGGGCCCGUGCCCA